AUGGAUCCCAUCCGAGGCACGGGGCGCGCCUUCCCCUCAGCGUUCACACCGCCCUCGGCAACCGCGACCCCAGGCGCGCUCUUCCCACCAGGCAUCGGCCACGACGCCGUGCCGAAGGUGUUUCGUUUCAUCCGCCGAGACGACGCCAAGCAGAUUCUCAUCUACGCCGGCGGUGCCUGUCUCGACGAGGAUGGACAGGCCGACGCCCCGGCUGCGUGGUCCUUUGUCUUUCAACCGAUCCUCCAUGGACGUCUCGGCGCCCUCUCGGACACUCUCGAGAAACAGGGGCCCUACGGAGAUGAGGCACCGACGAGGGACAGGGCAACACUGCGUGCCGUCGUCGGUGCCCUUCGCUCCCACGCGUGGGACGACGAAGGAUUCACGACUGUCGUCUUGGCCGUCGACUCCGACUACGUUGCCGAGGGUGCCACCGUCGGCGUACGUCGCUGGCUUCGUGACGGCUGGCAGACGAGCACGGGCAAAGCCGUCGAGAACAAGGACAUGUGGGAGAUGAUUCUCGGCAUCAUCGAGGAGUUGGACCGCAGAGGCGUCGACGUUCAGUUUUGGAGAAUACCGCCGGAGCUGAACGCGACCGCCACCCGAACCGCGAAGGCGACGGCGGCGGCGGCGGCGGCAAAGGAGAAAUCGCCAACGAAAAACGACAACACAUCGGGGGAGUUGGCGUGA